AUGGACAAGAAGGACGAGCUCUCAACAAAGGAAAGCCUGCCUGAAGACUAUGCCUUGGGCAGUAUGACCAGCGAUGACAAAAGGCUAUUGCGCAAGAUCGAUUGGCAUAUCUUACCGAUCAUGUUUUUGACCUAUUUUCUUCAAAUGAUCGAUAAAAUUUCAAUUAACUACGCAAAUGUAAUGGGGUUGCAGAGUGACUUGGGAAUGUCAGGAAACGAUUUCUCCUGGCUUGCAACCGCAUUUUUCAUUGCAUAUGCCGUGGCGGAAAUUCCGCAGGGAACCCUCUUACAGCGGUUUCCCGUAUCCAAAGUCCUUGGAGUGAAUGUCUUCUGCUGGGGUGUCAUCCUUUGCUGCUCCUCUGCCGCGCAGAACUUUUCCGGAAUGCUGGCAUUGCGAGUUCUCCUCGGGGUUUUGGAAGCGGUCAUUGCGCCGUCCCUUACCAUGUACACUAGUAUGUGGUAUACGCGAGCUGAAUCAACCCCCCGAUAUGGUUUCUGGUAUUGCGGACUUGGCGCUGGACAAAUGAUAGGGGGACUGAUCUCAUUUGCUGCCCAGCAUGCUCCCUCAUCUCUAUCGUUUGGUGGCUGGCGGAUCAUGUUCGUGGCUAUUGGAGCCGUUAAUCUGCUUGUCUCCCUACUGGUUCUUUUUGUGCUCCCUGAAAGUCCAGAGAAAGCAAAAUUUCUCUCUGAAGCAGAGAAGCAACGGGUGUCACAGCGACUGAUUCAAGACCAAGCUGGUGUCGGCGUGAAGGUUUUCCGAUUACGGUCCGUCCUUGAGGCCUUUAUGGAUCUUCAAACAUGGCUGCUGGUGCUGCUUACGAUUCUCAUUACUAUACCCAGUGGUGUGAUUACAACAUUUUCUUCGAUUCUCAUCAAGGGAUUUGGAUAUAACAAUAAAGAGAGUGCUUUGUUGAACAUACCAUCUGGAGUCGUGAGUAUUGCGUCCACAAUGGUUUCUACGUAUGCUAUUUCUAGGGGCUUUUCCAGAUGGUUAGCCAUUGAUCUGCUCUUGAUCCCAACACUGUUGGGAUCUUGUCUUAUGUCGUUUCUUCCCACCGCAAAUAAAGGCGGCUGCUUGGCUGGAAUUUAUCUUGUGAAUACUACCGUUGCACCAUUAGCACUUAUUUACGCGUGGACCGGUGCUAAUUUCAAGGGAUAUACUAUGAAGGUUUCUGGUGCCGCGAUCAUCUCAGCUGGAUUCAGUGUUGCCAACAUCAUCGGUCCUCAGACAUUUCAGUCCAAAGAUGCCCCACACUAUAUCCCUGCCAAGAUUACUCUAGUUGCAGUAAAUGCGGCAGCAAUGGUUGUUGCGACCAUCUUACGCGUUGUGUAUGGGAUCCGGAACAAAACAGCAGAUCGUCUUCAGAUACCUGCACGUAGUUCAAUGGAAGCAAGAUUCUCCAAGGAGGAAGAGAGUCAGGAUGUUUGCGAAGGUGGUAGCUUCCGUUACGUCUACUAG